CUGGGCUCCUCGGCGCGACCGCCGGCUGCCUGAGGAAGCCGGCCCUGCGCUUGGCUAAGGCUUCCUGGCCGAGAGUGGUGAGGCGGAGGCCGGGGAGGCGGGAGGCCCGCGGGGCCGGGGCGGGAGGCGAAGGUGGACCAUGUCAUCUCUUCCUCUGAGCGGACUCAUGAAAUGGCCACAGAUGACAAGAGCUCCCCGACAUUGGACUCUGCUAAUGACUUGCCUCACUCUCCUGCCAGUCCCUCUCACCUCACUCACUUUAAACCGUUGACUCCUGACCAGGAUGAGCCCCCCUUCAAGUCAGCAUAUAGUUCGUUUGUAAAUCUUUUUCGUUUUAACAAAGAGAGAGGAGAAGGGGGCCAAGGAGAGCAGCAGUCUCCGAGUUCAAGUUGGUCCAGCCCUCAGAUCCCUUCAAGGACACAGUCUGUGAGGUCGCCUGUACCUUAUAAAAAGCAGCUUAAUGAGGAGCUUCACCGGCGCUCUUCAGUGUUAGCAGAGAAUAUUUUGCCAAAUCCUCAGGAGAGCACAGACUCCAGAAGGAAAGCAGAACCAGCCUGUGGAGGUCAUGACCCACGUACAGCUGUCCAGCUUCGAAGCCUCAGCACAGUGUUGAAACGCCUCAAGGAAAUCAUGGAAGGAAAAAGCCAGGACAGUGACCUGAAGCAGUAUUGGAUGCCAGAUAGCCAGUGUAAAGAGUGCUAUGACUGCAGUGAAAAGUUUACCACCUUUAGGCGCAGACACCAUUGCAGACUGUGUGGGCAGAUUUUCUGCAGUCGUUGUUGUAAUCAAGAAAUCCCUGGAAAAUUUAUGGGCUAUACAGGAGACCUCCGGGCAUGCACAUACUGUAGAAAAAUAGCCUUAAGUUACGCUCAUUCCACAGACAGUAAUUCCAUUGGGGAGGACUUGAAUGCUCUUUCAGAUUCAACUUGCUCUGUGUCUAUACUUGAUCCAAGUGAACCUCGGACCCCUGUUGGGAGUAGGAAAGCCAGUCGUAACAUCUUCUUAGAGGAUGACUUAGCCUGGCAAAGUUUGAUUCAUCCGGACUCCUCGAGUAGUGCUCUUUCAACAAGACUUGUAUCUGUUCAAGAGGAUGCUGGGAAGUCUCCUGCUCGAAACAGAUCAGCCAGCAUUACUAAUCUGUCACUGGAUCGGUCUGGUUCUCCUAUGGUUCCUUCAUAUGAGACAUCUGUGAGUCCCCAGGCUAACCGAAACUACAUCAGGACAGAGACUACUGAGGAUGAACGCAAAAUUCUUCUGGACAGUGCUCAGUUAAAGGAUCUGUGGAAGAAAAUCUGCCAUCAUACCAGUGGGAUGGAAUUUCAGGAUCACCGUUACUGGUUGAGAACACAUCCCAACUGCAUUGUAGGAAAGGAAUUAGUCAACUGGCUAAUCAGAAAUGGACACAUUGCUACAAGGGCACAAGCUAUAGCAAUUGGACAAGCAAUGGUCGAUGGACGUUGGUUGGAUUGUGUCAGUCAUCAUGACCAGCUUUUCAGGGACGAGUAUGCAUUGUAUAGACCACUGCAGAGUACUGAAUUUUCUGAGACACCUUCUCCAGACAGUGACUCGGUGAACUCUGUGGAAGGACACUCUGAGCCAUCCUGGUUUAAAGACAUAAAAUUUGAUGACAGUGACACAGAACAGAUUGCUGAAGAAGGUGACGAUAAUUUGGCUAAUUCUGCCAGUCCUAGCAAGCGCACCUCAGUCAGCAGUUUCCAGUCCACAGUGGACAGUGACUCAGCCGCUUCUAUCAGCCUGAACGUGGAGCUGGACAACGUGAACUUCCAUAUCAAGAAGCCCUCCAAGUACCCACAUGUGCCCCCUCACCCUGCUGACCAAAAAGAGUAUUUGGUUUCUGACACUGGAGGACAGCAGCUCUCAAUAAGUGAUGCCUUCAUCAAAGAGUCCUUAUUUAAUCGACGGGUAGAAGAAAAAUCCAAAGAGCUGCCUUUUACCCCUUUGGGCUGGCAUCAUAACAACCUGGAACUCUUGCGGGAGGAGAAUGAGGAGAAGCAAGCCAUGGAAAGGCUGCUUUCAGCUAAUCAUAACCACAUGAUGGCCUUACUCCAGCAGCUGCUUCAAAAUGAGUCAUUGUCAUCAUCUUGGAGGGACAUCAUUGUGUCACUAGUUUGUCAGGUUGUUCAGACAGUCCGACCUGACGUCAAGCACCAGGAUGAUGACAUGGAUAUCCGUCAGUUUGUCCAUAUCAAGAAGAUCCCAGGUGGAAAGAAAUUUGAUUCCGUGGUUGUCAAUGGCUUUGUUUGUACCAAAAACAUUGCACAUAAAAAGAUGAAUUCCUGUAUUAAAAACCCCAAAAUCCUUCUGUUGAAGUGUUCUAUUGAGUAUCUCUAUAGAGAAGAAACUAAGUUUACUUGCAUUGACCCCAUUGUGCUUCAGGAAAGGGAAUUCUUGAAGAAUUAUGUUCAACGAAUAGUUGAUGUUCGACCCACAUUGGUUCUCGUUGAGAAAACAGUGUCUCGGAUUGCUCAAGACAUGUUACUGGAACAUGGCAUUACUCUGGUCAUUAAUGUAAAGUCACAAGUUUUAGAAAGAAUCAGUCGAAUGACCCAAGGAGAUUUAGUGGUGUCCAUGGACCAGCUGCUCACCAAACCCCACCUGGGCACUUGCCACAAGUUUUAUAUGCAGCUCUUUCAGUUGCCUAACGAACAAACCAAAACACUGAUGUUUUUUGAAGGCUGUGCACAGCACCUCGGCUGCACAAUCAAGCUCAGAGGAGGCUCUGAUUAUGAGCUGGCUCGAGUUAAGGAGAUCCUAAUAUUUAUGAUCUGUGUAGCUUAUCAUUCUCAGCUAGAAAUCUCCUUUCUCAUGGAUGAGUUUGCUAUGCCUCCAACGUUAACACAAAGCCCUUCGUUCCAUUUUCUGGCUGAGGGAAGAGGGGAAGAGGGAGCUUCUCAGGAGCAGGUCAGUGGCAGCUCCCUUCCCCAGGAUCCUGAGUGCCCCUUUGAUGCCCUGUCUUCUGAUGAUAGCACUUUGUUGGAAUCAAGGACUGUGCCUGAGAAGGGUGAGCUGGACAAUAAAAGUGUCCCACAGGCUGUUGCCUCCUUGAAGCAUCAAGAUUACACCACCCCCACUUGCCCAGCAGGUAUCCCCUGUGCUCUCUUUGCACUGGUACCCGAGUCAUUGUUGCCUCUCCAUAUGGAUCAACAGGAUGCUGUAGGAGAUGAACAGCCAGAGACAUCACAGCAAACGGUUGAGCAACAGGACCCCAAAAGCCAGAUGAGAGCUUUUAGAGACCCUCUACAGGAUGACACUGGAAUGUAUGUUACUGAGGAAGUCACCUCCUCUGAAGAUAAACGAAAGACUUACUCCUUGACAUUUAAACAGGAAUUAAAAGACGUCAUCCUCUGUAUCUCUCCAGUUAUUACAUUCCGUGAACCUUUCCUUUUAACUGAAAAGGGGAUGAGGUGCUCAACUCGAGAUUACUUUCCAGAGCAGAUUUACUGGUCUCCUCUUCUCAAUAAAGAGGUGAAGGAAAUGGAGAGCAGGAGGAAGAAACAGCUGCUCAGGGAUCUCUCUGGACUUCAGAGCAUGAAUGGCAAUGUUCAGACCAAGUCCAUACAAGUCUUACCUUCACAUGAGCUAGUGAGCACCAGGAUCGCUGAACAUCUGGGGGACAGCCAGAGCUUGGGUAGAAUGCUAGCUGACUAUCGAGCUAGAGGAGGAAGAAUUCAGUCAAAACAUUUGGACCCUUUUGUCCAUUCAAAAGAUACAUCAUGUACUUCAGGGAGCAAAUCAGGAAACAAAACUGAGAGUGAUGAAGAGAGGGGAUUGAUUCCAAGUGAUGUCUUAUGGCCAACAAAGGUGGACUGUCUGAAUCCUGCUAACCACCAGAGGCUCUGCGUGCUCUUCAGCAGUUCUUCUGCCCAGUCCAGCAAUGCGCCCAGUGCUUGUGUCAGCCCUUGGAUUGUAACAAUGGAGUUUUAUGGAAAGAAUGACCUUACACUGGGAAUAUUUUUAGAAAGAUACUGUUUCAGGUCUUCUUACCAGUGUCCUAGCAUGUUCUGUGAUACCCCCAUGGUUCAUCACAUUCGACGCUUUGUUCAUGGCCAAGGCUGUGUACAGAUAAUCCUGAAGGAGUUGGAUUCUCCAGUGCCUGGAUAUCAACAUACAAUUCUCACAUAUUCCUGGUGCAGAAUCUGCAAACAAGUAACACCAGUUGUUGCUCUUUCAAAUGAAUCCUGGUCGAUGUCAUUUGCAAAAUACCUUGAACUUCGAUUUUAUGGCCACCAGUACACUCGCAGAGCCAAUGCUGAGCCCUGCGGUCACUCCAUCCACCAUGAUUAUCACCAGUAUUUCUCUUAUAAUCAGAUGGUGGCAUCUUUCAGUUACUCUCCUAUUCGGCUUCUUGAAGUGUGUGUUCCACUGCCAAAAAUAUUCAUUAAGCGCCAAGCCCCGCUGAAGGUGUCUCUUCUUCAGGACCUCAAGGACUUCUUUCAGAAGGUUUCACAGGUGUACCUAGCUGUUGAUGAAAGACUUGCGUCCUUGAAAACAGAUACAUUUAGCAAAACCAGAGAGGAAAAGAUGGAGGAUAUCUUUGCACAAAAGGAGAUGGAGGAGGGUGAGUUUAAGAGCUGGACUGAGAAGAUGCAGGCGCGGCUCAUGUCCUCGUGUGUGGACACCCCGCAGCAACUGCAGUCCGUUCUCGAGUCACUCAUUGCCAAGAAGCAAAGCCUCUGUGAGGCGCUCCAAGCGUGGAACAGCAGGUUACAGGACCUCUUCCAGCAGGAAAAAGGUAGGAAGAGGCCUUCGGUUCCUCCCAGUCCUGGAAGACUGAGACAAGGAGAAGAGAGCAAGAUAAGUGCAAUGGACACAUCUCCAAGGAAUAUUUCUCCAGGACUUCACAACGGAGAAAAAGAGGAUCGCUUCUUGACAACCCUGUCCAGUCAGAGCUCCACGAGCUCCACCCAUCUCCAGCUGCCCACUCCUCCUGAGGCCCUGGCUGAGCAGUUAGUGGGAGGGCCUUCUGACCUGGACACAGCCAGUGGCUCUGAAGAUGUAUUUGAUGGGCAUUUGCUGGGAUCCACAGACAGCCAGGUGAAGGAAAAGUCAACCAUGAAAGCCAUCUUUGCUAAUUUGCUUCCAGGAAACAGCUAUAAUCCCAUUCCAUUUCCUUUCGAUCCAGAUAAACAUUAUUUAAUGUAUGAACACGAACGGGUGCCCAUUGCUGUCUGUGAGAAAGAGCCCAGCUCCAUCAUUGCUUUUGCACUCAGUUGUAAAGAAUACCGAAAUGCCUUAGAGGAAUUGUCCAAAGCAACUCUGUGGAACAAUGCUGAAGAAGGGCUUCCAACCAAUAGUGCUUUAGAUAACAGACCAAAAAGUAGCAGUCCUAUUAGAUUACCUGAAGUCAGUGGAGGACAGACAAACCGUACAGUAGAAGGAGAACCUCAACCAACCAAAAAAGCUUCAGGAAUGCUGUCCUUCUUCAGAGGAACAGCAGGGAAGAGCCCUGAUCUGUCUUCUCAGAAGAGAGAGACCUUACGUGGGGCCGACAGUGCAUACUACCAGGUUGGGCAGACUGGCAAGGAGGGGAUGGAGAGUCAAGGCCUUGAGCCUCAAGAUGAAGUAGAUGGAGGAGACACACAGAAGAAACAACUCACAAAUCCCCAUGUGGAACUUCAAUUUUCUGACGCUAACGCCAAGUUUUACUGUCGACUGUACUACGCGGGAGAGUUCCAUAAGAUGCGGGAAGUGAUUCUGGGCAGCAGUGAGGAAGAUUUCAUUCGUUCCCUUUCUCACUCAUCACCCUGGCAGGCCCGGGGAGGCAAGUCAGGAGCUGCUUUCUAUGCCACAGAAGAUGAUAGAUUUAUUUUGAAGCAAAUGCCUCGUCUGGAAGUCCAGUCUUUCCUUGACUUUGCACCGCACUACUUCAAUUAUAUCACCAAUGCUGUUCAACAGAAGAGGCCCACUGCUUUGGCUAAAAUUCUUGGUGUGUACAGAAUUGGUUACAAGAACUCUCAGAACAACACUGAGAAGAAGUUAGAUCUCCUUGUCAUGGAAAAUCUUUUCUAUGGGAGAAAGAUGGCACAGGUUUUUGAUUUGAAGGGUUCACUUAGGAAUCGAAAUGUGAAAACUGACACUGGGAAAGAGAGCUGUGACGUGGUUCUGCUGGAUGAGAACCUCCUGAAGAUGGUUCGAGACAACCCUCUGUAUAUUCGUUCCCAUUCCAAAUCUGUGCUGAGAACCUCCAUCCAUAGCGACGCCCAUUUCCUUUCCAGCCACCUCAUUAUAGACUAUUCUUUGCUGGUUGGUCGAGAUGACACUAGCAAUGAGCUGGUUGUUGGGAUCAUAGAUUACAUUCGAACAUUUACAUGGGACAAAAAACUCGAGAUGGUUGUGAAGUCAACAGGAAUUUUAGGAGGACAAGGUAAAAUGCCAACCGUGGUCUCUCCAGAGUUAUACAGGACUAGAUUUUGUGAAGCAAUGGACAAGUAUUUCUUGAUGGUGCCAGACCACUGGACAGGGUUGGAUCUCAAUUGCUGAGGUCGCACGGAAGAUUUGAAAAGGACUGUGAACAAAAGUGGAUCUGAAGAAGAAACUCAAACUAUAUGGUGUUUUACCUGUUUGUCAUAUAUACCACUGAGUACAAAGAACUCUCAGUUCUGUGACUGUCUAUAGAUUGGCUUCAGACUCUCCAUAACUUCAGGGUCAAAGCCCCUUGCAUUGUACUUUGCUUCUGAUAUUCGCUCUUACCUGCCUGUAAAAUGGGAAAUUGUACAAAGUUAAAUACAGUGUUCUUUUUGAAGGGCUGUGAGUAGGGAUGAGUAUGUAGACAGAGUAAGAUACUGAGUUGUCAUGUUUCCUAACUCAGUUGCUUGAAGCAGAAGGCACCGUCUGAUAGACUGACUGGUGGACUGUGACUGUCUGUAGACUGUGGCUGUCUGGUAGAUUUUGACUGUAGACUGUGGCUGUCUGGUAUCACAUUUGUUACUUUUUUCCUGAGAAGGCACUUGCAGAUACCUCCUUGAUUGGGUAUGUUUCCUGUGUAGUGACUUUAUGUUUGUUCUUACAAUAUCUGAAACAUUUAGGAAAAAAUCUAAUUUAUUCCAUUAAUGGCCAGUUAAAUAGAUUGGUGCUUGCUUUAUUAGGGGUCUGACUUAAAUUAGGAACCCUGCCAUAUUCUGUAUUCGGCACCCGUGUUUGAUGCUGUCACAGUCUAUCCUCUCUGCAGGUGACAAGAGCCUCUAGCCCUUAGCUUGAAAGCCUUUCUUAGAGCAUUUUAACAAGCUCGUUUAAAACAUUGUGUGAUGUGCCAAGCAGCACCUAUCUGCAUGUGUGUUGUAGUCUGGAUUUCCCUCUCAUUUUGGGGAAACGAAAUAAGCAGGACACUUAAGUAGUCACUGAAGCCCUAAGUGAAGAAUUAAUAAUGAAGGAUUUUUUUCUUUUUUUCUUUUUUUUUUACAGUAAAGAGAAACUGAGUGAGAUUCAAAAUGUUGGGUUUUGUUGUUUUUGUUUUUGUUCUUUUAUAUUUGUACUUGUAAAGUAUCUUUCAGCACUACUAGCAGUUAGGUGGGUUUGUAAAAUUUAAACGUUUUCCAUUCUCAGUUCUCAUUUUUAAGUUCCCACCACACUGACCAGUGCUGCUGAUGAAUGCUCAGAGGUAAAGUUACUCCUACUGUCGGCAGUCUCAUCUGAAAGUGACCCGGAAUCCUGACUGACUGGUGAGGAAAUGCUGUUACCCGUAACCUGCGAGUGUUUCUCUUGGCUUUUCUGUGAAGGAUAUUUGGACAUUGGUAAAGUCGUAAGGAGUAGAUUUUUUGUCAGACUUCAGCACUUAAUAUUCACAGUGGGCUAGAUGGACGCUGCUACAGAGGAGAGUCUGCACCUGCGUCGGCACAGCGCGCAGGCUUGCUGUAGACAGUGAUGCAGUAGCUGGCUAUUGGUUCCCUGGGGAGUGUGCGGUUAGAUAAGGGCCAUGUCUGCCUGAUGCUGGGCCUCGGCCUCUUCAGUCUUCAUCUGUGCCUCGGAAAGAUGGACCAGACACGGACGCGUGCAGCUGAUGUAAAGAUCAGUAAAGGGGUACAGACGUGUGCAGACGUGCAGAUGGCGUGGAACACACUCUCUGUGCUUCCAGGGACACAGGCUUUUGUGUCUGGUUUGAAAUGGUCUGUUUGCCUCUGUUCAUUUUUCUGUGCGACUGAUGAGGCUACAGGACCCCCUCUGGAGAGAUAGAAGCCGUUUCUGUUUCUUUGGUUUCAGUAGCGCAUUGCUGAGCUGAGCUCCGGGAAGUGACUCCUGACAGUACCGUGGCAUGCCCAUCUUCUCUUGUUUCCUGAGUGGGAAGACAUUUUGCUUUUUAAAGUAUUGGUUAAGUAAAUUUAAGGUACUUUGGUGACUAAACUUUCUGAAGCAAGAGUUACUGCUUUGAAAGCUUGAGUUGUUCCUUUAAAAUUAAUGUCUGGCUGGUGUUAACGAAGGAGAAACACAUAAUUGAACUGUUUGGUGUGGUACAAAUGUGUGACUCCAGGCUGCUUGUGUUUAGCAACUGAUGCAUACAUGUGUAUAUGUAGUGUUCUGAGCGCUUCGGAUUGAAUGGCUGUUGUCCUCUUUAACUCCCUUUCAUGACCUAGAGAAUAUUAACGUUGAAAAGCUAUGAAUAAGGAAGGAAUCUCAUACUUAUAUAUAAUAUGAAUUCCAAAGUAACUGACAGUAACAUGAGAAAAUUAUGCCAGCAUGUUGCUGUGUAUAAAAAUCUUGUUUAUAAAUAUGAAGCUUUUUGAUGACAAAGUUUUGUUUAAAAAAAUAGAAUUUGAAUUUUUCCUGUUUGCCUGAGUAAAGAAAUCAGAAAGCCGGUGAGCCCUUUUGUAGUCUAUUCAGUACUCACCGAUUCUCAGGAUUCCCUAGGGAAGGACCGAGCAGGGGUUUUCUAGCUUUGACGUCUGUGUAAGUAAUGGGGUCAUUCAUAUCAGCAUUGGCCUGAGGUGGCUGUGUGGUGGAUGGUCUCUUGGCACUCUAGCCAUUAGCAGUGGGCUUCUGUGGAAGUGCCGAGGAGGUGACCUGCCUGUGGCAAGUCAGCUGAGCUUCAAGUGUGAAGGCUGCUGUGAGCCUGGUGCCGUCUUGCCAGGACACUCAGUCUCCAAAGUGACUUAUGCAGUAUUCAGACAUCUAGUGCAAUGCCUUUAUCUUAUUUUAUUUUAUUUUUUGGUUGUUUUUGUAAUGGGUGUAGUGUAUUAUAGAAAAAAAGGAAACUACAAUCACGAGCAGUUUUGUUUAAUGCUGCUUUGUCAGUUUUGUAAAAGAAAAUGUACAUAAUGUCUUUCAACAGGUUUUAAACUAGAGGAAAUGACGUUGUAAAUCACAGUAGCCUCCUACUUAAUGUAUUAUAAUGUAUAUAUUUCUCUAACUUUGUUUCCAGCUGUUUUUAUAUGAUUGACAUGUUAUUUAAAGAUAACUACCGUAGCUUCUUAGAGACUUGUACUGUAAAUAAAGAGGACCUACAAUAAACUGGAAUUUACUUACUCUA